AUCAAAAGCAGCAAAUAUGAGGUUCUUGGCGGUAGUGCUCCUAGCGGCCCUUGCUUGCGCUUCUUCAGUCGAGAAACGAGAGGCGGACGCCGACCCUAGUCUCUCUCUCUACGGACGUGGUUAUGGCUACCCUAGCUAUUACCGAGGCUACGGCUACCCAUACAGCUAUGGCCUCCGCCACAAGAGGUCCGCUGAUCCUGAACCCGAAGCCGAUGCCGACCCUUCCUACUUGUACAAUCACUACCGCCCCUACUCUGUAGGCCAUAGCUACGUUCGACCUUACACCUACGGCCACUCCCACGCCCUCUACAGGAGAUCGGCCGAACCAGAAGCUGAAGCCUCCUUUGUUUACCCACACACUUACUCCUACACCCACACCGCUCCUGUCGUCACCUAUGGUUAUCCCUACAGCUACGGUUAUGGCUACCCAAGGGGCUAUGGAUAUUAACAUUGAAAACACUUCGUGACAUUAUCAUUAUCAGUAUAGAUCAAGACCUCGUUCUUGCAUCAAUUUUUGCCAGGAACAUUUUUCCCAAAUAAAGAAUCUAUAAAC